CCGCCGGGUUUAGUUGACGAACUGUCAUCCGCUAGAUUUGUGUUUCUCAUUCAUCGCAUUUGUGAAUUUUGUGCUGUUUCAUCUUACUAUUGCACAUAAUAGGUUGUUAUUGCUACCAGUUUGUGAUACUUUCUCAAAAUGAGCUCAAUUGGAACUGGUUAUGAUUUGUCUGCAUCUCAAUUUUCUCCUGACGGAAGAGUGUUCCAGAUUGAAUAUGCCGCGAAAUCAGUAGAAAACAGCGGAACUGUUAUUGGCUUGCGUGGAAAGGAUGGAGUUGUGCUGGCAGUGGAAAAGCUUAUAACCAGCAAAUUGUACGAGCCAGAAUCAGGAACUCGAAUUUUCACCAUUGAUACUUCGAUUGGAAUGGCAAUUAGUGGAAUGAUUGCGGACGGUCGAGCUGUGGUAGAUUUGGCGCGCCAGGAGGCCUCAAAUUAUCGACAACAGUACGACAAACCUAUUCCAUUGAAGCAGCUCAAUGACCGGCUUGCAAGUUAUUUCCACGCCUACACGUUGUACAGUGCAGUGCGACCCUUUGGUGUGAGUGUAAUUUUGGCCUCUUGGACCGAGGAAAAUGGUCCUGAAAUGUACAUGAUAGAUCCUUCGGGAUUCUCGUGCGGCUAUUUCGGAUGUGCAGUUGGAAAAGCUAAACAGACAGCUAAAACGGAAAUCGAAAAACUAAAGCUUUCAGAUAUGACUGUCAAUGAUUUGAUCACCACUGCCGGUAAAAUCAUUUAUCAAGUGCAUGACGAACUGAAAGAUAAGGACUUUAAGCUGGAGUUGAGCUGGGUGUGCCAGGCAUCUGAAGGAAGGCAUCAGGUGGUUCCGGAUGAAUUGUACGCUGCAGCCACUCGAGCCGGGCAGGAAGCAGUCGACGAGGACGAUAGCGAUAAUGAUAUUUAAGUUGACGCCGCUGGUUCGUUUGUCGAUGGCCGUUUGAUUUAUUAAAAUAAUCAGUUCCAAUUUUACGGAAAUAUCAAUUUAUUGAAUACACAAA